CCAAAACAAAUUUACGUUACGGUCUCGCGUACUGCUGUCUGGUUGACGUAGGCUGCUGUGGGCGGGACUAACCGACCACCGGAGCAACCUGAUUGGCUAUCUGAGCUUGUCAUCAGAGACUCCGGAUGUCUGCUGUGGUAAGAGGAAAAUUUGUUUUCUGCUUCUCAUUCCUGACAGCUUGGCUGCUGAUGAAAGUUAAUGUAGCCGACUAGAUAUUCAACCCGACGCUUCGACGGUACAAAGACUGACUGGGAUGGUAUCAUGGAGAGAGACAAUCAUCAAGAAGGAGAGGCAGAGGGAGUGAAGAUUUGUGAUCCACCCUCUGAGAGUAAUCCACCUGCUGACACCUUGGCGACUUCUCUCUCCCUCUUGGGGAAUCACAUGUUUCCUGAUCCGGUGGAGAGAAACAACGGUACCGCUGUGAACAAAGACGAGUCUGCGGAUUCACUCCCGUCAGAUGUUACAGCAGAAGAGGAGAGUCUGGAUACGGAGCCCCAUUCGAACCAGGUAACAAAGCUAGACACUGAGGAGGAGGAGACAGAAAACUCAGACUGUCAGGACAAUGUGUCCACCCAGCUGUCUGACACGGGAACCGAGGACGCUGCCAUUGACAAUGACCAAGGCGACUCUGGGGAGUUUGUCGUCACGAUGUUGGCCAAGGCCAAGCUGGAGGAGCAAGGUAUAGGUGUGAAGGGAAGGUCAUCUCCCUUGUUGGAGGCAGGCACCCAGGAAUCUCCCGCGUUUAUGUCUCAUCGCGACGAGGACGUGACAGCGGACAGCUGGCGGCAGCACAGGAAGCAUGUUUUUGUGCUAAGCGAAGCAGGCAAACCCAUCUAUUCCCGAUACGGCAGUGAAGAGGCUCUUUCGUCUACAAUGGGAGUCAUGAUGGCACUGGUGUCCUUUGUUCAAAGUGGAGAUAAUAUCAUCCGCUCCGUCUAUUCGGAGAAGCACACUGUGGUGUUCUUGCAGAAAGGGCCUUUAGUGCUGGUGUGUGUCUCCAGCAGUCGUCAGUCUGAGCGGCAGCUACGCGGAGAGCUCCUCUACGUGUACUACCAGAUCAUCAGCAUGCUCACCCAGGCCAGCAUAUCCCGCAUCUUUGAACACAAGAAAAACUACGACCUGAGGAGACUCCUCGCAGGCUCCGAGAAGAUCCUGGAUGGUCUUCUCAACCUGGUGGAUUCUGACCCCAGCUUCCUGCUCGAAGCGGUACACUGCUUGCCUUUAGCUUCCUCUCUCAGGGACUCUCUCAGCCAGAUCCUGCAGAAAGCAAUCACCCCCAACCUGGUUUUCUCCAUCCUCAUCGCCAGAAACCAGCUGCUCACCAUCGUCCAGGAGAAGACAGUCAUCGAGGACACCAGGCUGGAACCGGCUGACGUCCACCUCCUGCUCAACCUCAUCGGAGCCUCCUCUGCCUUUCAGGCCGGGGAGAUCUGGACUCCCAUCUGCCUCCCUCUCUUUAAUCCUGACUGUUACUUUUAUGCAUACAUUUCUUACUUGGACCCUCCGGAGUGCACUGUUUGUCUGCUGCUGCUCUCGACAGACAAGGAGGCUUUCUACGCUGUAGCUGACUGCAAGAGGAAGAUAGAGGAGGCCAUGGUGGCUCAGAACUCCCUGAGCCUCAUUGCCAAAGUCCAGUCGUACAGCGUGAGCCAAGUUGGCGUCUCAGACCUUAGACACUUCAUGUACAAGCCGUUUGACGUGCCAGACAACUACCGCCAGCUCACUCAGUUCACCAGCCCAGAGAUGGAGGCACCUUACAGUAGCGAAGAGGAGAAAAUGAGACUGCUGGACCUCUAUCGUUAUAUGCACAGUCGCAUCCACAGCACCUCGCGGCCUCUUAAGCUCAUCUACCACGUCGCUGAGAGGGAAACACUUCUAGCUUGGGUCACGAGUAAAUUUGAGCUCUACACCUGCUUCAGUCCUCUUGUGACUAAGGCCUGCGCCAUCACUGCUAUCACUAAGCUGCUAAGGUGGAUUAAGAAGGAGGAGGACCGUCUCUUCAUCAGAUAUCCCCCAAAGUAUUCGACCACCCCAAACCCCAGCAAGAGUUCUCGAGGUGGCAAAUCUGACCAGCAAGACUCCACAGAUAACGGCUUCUUAUCUCUUCUAUAGGACUUUCUUUGUGCUACUAUAGUUGCUCUUCCUCAUUCAACAAUAGUUUGUACACUGGUUCCAAGGUAUUUUUGAACCCUCUUAUUGGACUUGACAGACUUUGACUACUGGAAUCAAACACUACAUUUUACACUAUUUAAGAAGGAACGACCUCUCUUGUCAAACUAGUAUUAUUUCUUUACCAUAACAAGAAAGCAUGUCGUUGCAUCACUGCUUUCGAUCUGAAAGAGUCAGGGCAAAACAGCAUUAGUACGUUUUAAAAUGAACUGUGGUAGAAAAAUAAUUGCAAUGAUAUUUAAAUGUUUUUAUAUUGUUUUAUUACUGCAACAAGAGAGACGUUUUCCUCACGGACAGUGAAUGUAUCACACAUGACAGUUCGUUUGCAUAUUUGCAUAUGCUAGAACUAGUCAGCACUUCUCUCUUGUGUAAGUUAAGAUGAGGAGUAAAAUUUACUCUAGUUCUCGCAUAAAAAUUUUUUUCAUGACACAAAACAUCUUUGUGUUUCAGAACAGGAUAUGCAAGAAGUGUGGUUUUAGCUCAACAUAAACUGGAUUAACGACUGGAACAGGGAUGGGCCACCAUGUGUCAUUCAGGGCCUUGAACAAACAAAUUGACCUCUAUGAAUUUGGUUGCACAACCCUGCAGCAGAACUAGAAAACACGGUGUUGUUGUUUUUUACAGCAAUUCAAAUGAUCAGGUUUCAGUCAUGUUACGUUUGUGCAGGAAAUAAGUAGGACUUUCCAACCUGUUCCACCUGAUCACUUCAUCUGAUCAUUGUCAAUGUUGUUUUCAUUACUAGGAGUCAAACCUUGUCACUUUGGUUAUUAUUUGUUAAGCUAAGAAGAUGCCACUGAGCUCACAUGAUGUUUUUCUGCAGAUAAUUCUAGUACAACUAUCAGUCCACACUUAAUGUAGUGACUUCAGGCGACUUUUUGGAUAAUAGUUUUGUAAAGAUGGUCUAUAAAUGGUAGUCCCAUCCUUGUGUCCUAUGAGGAAUUUACUGUCAAUUAAAGUCUUAAGAGUAUGUCUAUAGUAUUAUGAAAUAAAUCCCAGGUUGCACAAA